CAGGGCAACUUCAACAUUCUCCAGUAUCAGCUCGACCACCUCGUCACCUACGACCUCCAAUGGAACAACGGCACCUCCUUCAUCUACACCCUCCAUCCCUCAGACCCCACAUGCCAAGUUCUGCACUUUCAAGUGGGUAUUCUCCGCCCCAAUUGGCUCCACGGCGCCACAUAUUUGGGUCAGCAGCAUGUUGAUAAUUUCCUCUGUAAUGCAUGGGAGAAAGUUGAUGAGGAUGUUUUCACUCGUAGACCUGUUAAGUGGAUCUUCUACUCAGGAUACACUGCUCACGUGAUGACAUUUGAGGUUGGUGCAGUGCUUGAGGAUCCAAAUUGGCAGGCUCCUGUGUAUUGUUUUAAUGAGAAUGAGAAGGAAAAGAAUAGCCCCAUUUUGAGACCUGCUGUUCGUGGUGGUUAUCUUGGGAGUUUGAUGAGAGAGAUACCCGCUCGGGAAACUAAGUAAUUAUAAUUUUGAUCAACUAGAGGUGCUCAUGCAUGUUGGAUAUGAACUAUGAUAGUCUUUGGAAGUUAUGCUAGACCAAGCAUUUUGAAAUAUUCUGUUGUGUGGGAAUUACAGAAUGUUUUGUUGCUUUUAAAAGUUACACCUGGUAAGAGAAGCUUAAUUGGUUGGUCUAAUAUGAAAGUGGUAGAUGUUGUUGACGUGAAUUAAGAAAGGUUGAAACGUGCUUGUUUGAAAAUUAUAUUUUUGAAGUAUUGGUCUCUUAUUGAUUUAUUAAAACA